AUGAAUAACCAACAACAAGAAUCGCUGAAGCGGUUUAUGAACCAGCUUCAGAAGUCGGGCCGCAGGGUGCCGACAGGUCCGGGCGGCCGACCUCCUGCGGGCUUCUUGGCUGGUGGAGGCCUCGUAGUCGCACUAGUGGCAGGCGGUUUACUCCUGAACGCCUCACUCUUCAACGUGGACGGUGGUCACCGUGCUAUUAAGUACACGAGGUUGCAUGGAGUCACCGAAGAUGUGUACAGUGAGGGGACCCAUUUUGCGGUGCCGUGGUUCGAGACGCCCAUAACAUUCGACAUCCGUGCGAAACCGAGGAGUAUUGCGAGCUUAACAGGGACGAAGGAUCUCCAGAUGGUGAACAUCACUUGUCGUGUGCUCUCCCGUCCUUCACCCCAGUCGUUGCCUACAAUCUACCGUGAGCUGGGACAAGACUACGAUGAAAGGGUUUUGCCAUCCAUUGUGAAUGAGGUCUUGAAGAGUGUGGUCGCACAGUUCAACGCCAGUCAGUUAAUCACGCAACGUGAGAUGGUCUCGAGGUUGGUGCGAGAGAACUUGAUGAAGCGUGCGACGCGCUUCAAUCUGGUUCUUGACGAUGUUUCAAUCACACAUGUUGCCUUCUCGCCGGAGUUCACACACGCUGUCGAGGCGAAGCAGGUCGCGCAGCAGACUGCACUCCGCGCGGCCUUCCUUGUCGACCAGGCCAUUCAAGAGAAGCAGUCUAUCAUCGUUCGUGCGCAGGGAGAGGCCAAAUCCGCGGAGCUCAUUGGUGAGGCGAUGAAGAAGAACAAGGGUUUCCUGCAGCUCCGCAAACUUGAGGCUGCGCGCGACAUCGCGACGCUACUUCAGUCCGGCGGAAAUAAGGUCAUGCUAGACUCGCAGUCGUUGUUGCUCAACGUGGCGACGGAAGAUCUCAAGGACGCUAUACACAAGUAG